ACGGCGCACAUAAACAGAAGCUAAUGUCCACGAAAGCUACUGUGAGGUGUCAGCCUGCUGUUUCACCAUGCUACUGAAACCAUGCUGCAUUUACAGCACCGGAGUUUUCUCGAUACUAAUUCUGAUUUUGGGCAUUGCUUUGGUCUUGUCUGACGUGUUUCCACAUUUUGUACAGUCGCUGGUUAAAAAGAAAGUCAUUUUGAAGAAUGGAACAGAGGCGUUUGAGGUCUGGGAGAAUCCACCAGCCCCUAUUUACAUGCAGUUUUACUUCUUUAAUCUGACCAAUCCCCUGGAGGUGCUGGAAGGCGAUAGGCCUGCUGUGGUGGAGAUCGGACCAUACACGUACAGAGAGUACCGGCCUAUGGAGCAAGUGAACUUCCAGGAUAAUGGCACUAAAGUAGCCGCUGUCAACACGAAGACCUACAUAUUCCAGCCGAACAUGUCCCGAGGCCCAGAGAGUGACCUCAUCAGGACAGUCAACAUUCCUGCAAUGACGGUGAUGGAGAGAUUCAGGGAUCAGCCUAUUGUGGCCAAUCUGAUCUCCUCCUACAUGAAGGCCACUGAUGAAGGCCUUUUCACCACCCAUACAGUGGGAGAGCUGCUGUGGGGAUACGAAGACGCCCUGCUCAAAGCCCUCAAAGUUGUGGAACCUGAGCUGGAUGAUGUUUUCGGACUCUUCUAUAAGAGCAAUGCUUCAAACGAUGGUGAAUACGUGUUCUUCACCGGACAGCAAAACUACAAAGACUUUGCUAGAGUGGAUACAUGGAACGGUGAGAGCUCGCUGAAUUGGUGGACGUCUGAUGAGUGCAAUAUGAUCAAUGGAACCAAUGGUGCGUCUUUCCAUCCAGUCAUCACCAAGAGUGAGACGCUCUACAUGUUCUCCUCUGACCUGUGCAGGUCUCUGUAUGCCUUGUAUGAUGAGGAUGUGACUGUGAAGGGGAUCCCCGGGUAUCGCUUCAGUCCCCCCAACAAGGUGUUUGCCAAUAUGUCUGUGAACCCAGCCAACGCCGGCUUCUGUGUCCCUGCUGGAAAUUGCCUGGGCUCUGGUGUGCUGAAUGUCAGCUCAUGUAAACAAGGAGCUCCCAUCAUAAUGUCCUCACCACACUUCUACCAGGCAGAUGAGAAAUUUGUUCAGGAUGUGUUUGGCAUGAGGCCGGACAAGGAGCAGCACCAGACAGUGAUUGAUAUCAAUCCGCUAACGGGAAUUGUUCUGCAAGCAGCAAAGCGGCUCCAGGUCAACGUCUACGUCGAGCAAAUUCCCACCUUCAGUCAAACAGGAAACGUUAAGACGGUGGUCUUUCCUGUGGUUUAUCUCAAUGAGAGCGUCGUCAUUGACGACGCAUCGGUCCUGAAGCUGCACGCGAUCGUUGUCGAGCAGAAUGUCGUGGUGAACAUUCCGUUCAUGCUGAUUGGUCUAGGCAUCAUUCUGGGAGGAAUCUUCAUGUUCCUGAUGUGUCGACAGAAGGUCCCUGAGAGCACUGCUGCGGAGCGACAGCCCCUGCUCUUGUCAUAGCACCAAACACGAUGUGAAAAGAGGAGGAUCGCCACGUUUAAUUCAAUAUUUCAAGGGUUCAGUCGACCUGCAGUUUUUUUUUCAUUAACCUCCAAGUAACUGUCCGUUCAUAACCAAAAUUUCUCCUUUUAACCUGCUUUUUAACAUAAUGGUUUUAGGAGACAAGUGAAGAGGACCGCAUGUUCUCUGUGCGUUGUUUUUUACGAGGUCGAGCUCAAUGUCUUCCUCUCAAGUCAGUUGUAGUGAUGCUGAAAUCACAACAGUUUUUAUUGAAUCUUACAUUGAGUCUAUUUUUCUUUGUACUUUUUGAAUAUGGGUUUUUGGAUUGAAGCAACAUGAACUGAGUGAUUUUAAUCUCCUGCUAAGUCUAAUUUAAACUGUCUGAAGUGUCGACUCUGAGCUAAUCAAACCUUCAGCUGUGACAUGUGUUUGUGUCACUGUCAGUGUCAUUAUUUGAUCAUAGCCUGUAAUCUUUUUGUGUGUGUGUGUGCGUGUGUGUGUGCAGAUGUUAUUACUCACAUUGUGGGGACUCCCCUUCCUUAUAGGGACAAAAUGCAAGUCCCCAUUACAUAGAUUUAAGAUAGAAGUUUAGGCUGAAGACUUGGCUUGAGGUUAGGUUUAGGCAAGUAGUGGUUCUGGUUCUGGUUACGGGAAGUCUCAGGAAAUGAAUGUAGGUUCAUGUAAGGUGCCCAAAAGUGAUGGACAGUGUGUGUGUGUGUGUGUGUGUCCAUAAAAAGAAAGGCUACAGAGUUGUAAUGGUGAUGAAGGAAUACUGGCCGCAUAUGGACCAGUUGCCACAUUUGUGCUGGUCUGGUGAGGCUGUUGUUGUGGUUGAGGCUUCAGUAAGAAGAGAGUUCGUACAGCUGUUUUAAUGCAAGACAAAUAUCCUCUUUGGUAAUUUUGUAACAACAACAUUUCAUGUGUUUGUGUUGUCACAAAGCAUAAGCAAAGUGAAAGCUGUACCAAACGUCCACUGGCCUAAUUUGUAUUAUUCCAAGUAAAAGGUUCUCACGUCAUUUUGAUGUUUUAGAGUCGGAUGGUUUGAGAACAUCACAUUUUGUGUUUUUCGUUCAGACUUUUCUUUUUUGUUUCCUGAGUUGGCUGCAACUCUGAAUCUUUGAACUGUUUAAAAACCACGUUCUAUUGUUGCCUUCAAUGGAAAUCCAAUAAUCCACACUACAUGUAUAUAGUAUAAUGUGGAAUAACAUCCAAGUAGUAUUACUUCAACAGCAGCAGUGUAGAGCGAAGGUGUGGAGAACGGUGUCUUGUCUCAUGAUGGUGUGAAGCACAUCUUCUUCUUUCCCCUCAUCCCAACAUUUUGCAAUGAAUGUGUGAUUUUGAAGUUUGCCUCAUAUUAUUUCAAAAUCUGUAUCUGAACAGCUUCAUGCUCCUGACACUACUGACAAACAUCUUGCCAAAUCUAAAAUUGGGUUUUUCCUUUUAACGACUAGGAAUAAGUCGUUAUUUGGUUGGUUCAAUUCAGCACUUUUAAACAGCAUGUUGUCAGAUUAUUGUGACUUUAUUUCAAGUUUUUUGGGUGGAAAGGACUUUGCUUUUAUUGGGCUACAGUUGAUUAGAUUGCCCAUUCUGAAAAUGUAAUAGAUUUUAUGUCAAUACAGUAACCACUGUUUAACACACAUCACUGACAGGUCGUCUUGUCUUUGUGUCUUUGUUUUAUAUGUAAAAGAGAAUAUUGUUUACACAACUCGUCGUACGUACUAAAAUCAAUAUAUAAUCACUGUUUACACGCUGAACAAGGCAUGUAUCUAACAUUUUGGACAGUGUCAUUCACUACAGCUUCAAUAAACCAACUUGACAUUCUCUGA